CCACAGGGAUGAUAGCGUCACGGGUUGGUAGCGAAGCGUCACGGGAUCAAGGUUGGUAGCCAAGCGUCACGGGAUCAGACAGAUAGCAAGUGAGAUGGCAAUCAAAAACGUCAAUUAGAUAAAAUUGCUUAAUCACGAAGGAAGGUAAUAGUUAGAGGUUAAAAGGUGAAAGUCAAAUAAAGUUUAAAAAAAAAGUUUUUUUUUUCUACAAGUUCUUGGAUUUCGGAUCGGUGGUAGUUGCGAAAAUUAAGUGGGACUUAAUCAGCACGACAGGACAAACCGAGUUAAAAACCUUGCGGGGGAGAAUUUGUAGGAUUGACGAGUAAAAGUAAGUCGAUAGCUAAAACGUUAACCUAAAGUAAAAUAAAACAUUGAAAUCUUAAAAUUUAAAAUAUAGAAAAUCUGGAGUUGAUUUGAGACAGAGAGUCGGCUAGGGAAAGAUAAGGCGAAGAAAUCCGCAGGAGGAAGGAAGAAACUAAAUCUUUGAUCUACUUAGAACUAAAAGUGGAUUCACGGCUGGUUUCUUGUUCCGAACAAAAAUCAAAGAUUUAUCAGGAAUAACCUCAAAGGAUGGCAACCGGUUCUCUAAAAGGUAUGGACGAGGCUCCUGCCUAUUGUUUGAUGUGCAACGGUCCGGAAGAGGACGACUACCAUAUGGUAAGCUGUAAUCAUUGCAACUUAUGGGCGCAUUUUUCCUGCGCUGGUGUCGGUGAAGAUAUACGUGAUGUAGAUUGGUUCUGCCCCAAGUGUAAAAAGUCCGACAGCCAGCUGAAGGUUCCGAAAGGAAAUAAGAAACCCGGUAAGAAGACUGGUAGUGCUCGUAGCGAUGCGGAAUCUGCUCGCAGUGCCAGUUCUAUUCUAGACACUGAACUAUUGCAACUCGAAGAAGAGCAGAGAGAUAAAGAGCGAGCAUGGGAGAAAGAGAUGAUACUUCGGGCGAAACGAUUGGAGUUAGAGAGAGCCUGGAAGAGAAAACAGAUACAACGUGAAAGAGAAAUGCGUGAGCAGGAACUACAGCAAGAAAGAGAGUUGCAAGAUCUUCAGCUGAUGCAGGAGCGGGAAUUAAUGGACCGCCAGCUAGCAGCCGAAGAAGAGUUUCUGAGAAAGAGGGAUCUAUUACGGGAGCGUAUGAAUGCCAGCGCUGCACAUCUACAACAGCUGAUGAAUGAAGGCGCAGCUGGUGGAUCGAAAGCGGGAUCCGAUAAAGCUAAAAGAGAUAGAAUAAGAAGUUGGGUAGAUAGACAAGAAAUAAAUAAAUAUGAAGAUUUAAAUUCGAUUCGCCAAGAUGAAGAAAGGCGAUCGACGGUGAGUUACAAGGAUAGGCCAGAUGCUAAAUUGGAACAUGAUUCACUUGAGAGUGGUUCUGAGCUGAGUGAUCCGAGAUCCCAGAGCAGAAGGCAAGACGGGCCGGGGCAGUCGAGAGUAACGAAAGAUCAGUUAGCGGCACGGCAGGUGGUGUCGAAACAUUUGCCAACAUUUAGGGGUGAGCCUGAAGUUUGGCCCUUGUUCAUUAGUAGUUUUGAACAUACAACAAGAGCGUGCGGGUUUACAAAUUUAGAUAACCUUAAAAGGUUGCAGGACAGCCUGCAAGGGGAUGCGUUAGAAGCGGUUAGAAGUAGAUUAGUGCUCCCGGACUCGGUCCCAGAUGUCGUAGAAGACCUUCGUAAACUUUUCGGAAGGCCGGAAAAGUUGCUGAGGGCAUUGUUAUUGAAAGUACGGAAAACACAAGCCCCUGACUCGGACAAUUUGAAAACAUUUAUCCAUUUUGGAAUCAAUGUUAAGCAACUUUGCGAUCAUUUAGAAGCUGCUCAAUUAACGGAUCAUUUAAACAACCCCAUGUUAGUGCAGGAAUUGGUAGAAAAACUACCGACUAACUACAAACUGGAUUGGGUCCGGUAUAAGCGGGGACGACACGGUACUCCGUUAAGGUUGUUCACCGACUUUAUGACUGAAGUGGUAUCGGAUGUAUCAGAGGUUUCCGACUGCAUGGAUUUACCACAAGCUCAACCAGUUAAACUCAGCAGGAGCGCGGGUGCAAAGAGAAAAGAAUUCGUGCAUAUGCAUGGGGCGGCGCAGAAGGCACUGGCUCAACCACAAACGGAUUGUGGUGGCAAGCCGUGCUGGAUUUGCAAACGAACCGACCAUAAACUCAGGUUUUGUGAUGAAUUCAAACGAAUGAACCUGACAGACCGGAUGAGGGCUGUAGAAAGGCUGAAGCUCUGCGUUCUCUGUUUAAAUAAUCAUGGAACCAGUCGAUGCAAUUUUAAGCUACGCUGUACAGUCGGUGGGUGCAACGGUAAUCACCACACGCUGCUGCAUCGAAGGGAAGAAUCGGUUCGACUAAUGGAAGUCAACUGUAACGCACACGAAAAUUUUCGUCGAUCAGUGAUUUUUCGGAUGGUUCCUGUGACCCUCUACGCAGGAAAUAUAGUUGUCAAAACAUUGGCUUUCUUGGAUGAAGGAUCCUCUAGUACGCUGAUAGAACAAUCAGUAGCCAAUCAGUUGAAGGUAAGAGGUGCACCAGAACCAUUGAUCGUCACCUGGACGGGAGACAUUAAGCGGUAUGAGAACGAUUCGCGCAGAAUUACUUUAAUGCUCUCUGCACAGGGAUCGAGCGAUAAGUUUGCUUUAGAAAAUGUCCGCACAGUCUCCAAGCUGGUUUUGCCGAAACAGAGUCUCCGGUUUGCUGAAAUAGCGACACGAUUUCCGCAUUUAGCAGGUUUGCCAGUAGCCGACCACGUAGGAGAAGAGCCAGCCAUCUUAAUAGGGCUGGAUAAUCUGCAUUUGUUCGCGCCGCAGGAGUCAAGGAUUGGUCAACCUGGUGAACCAAUCGCAGUACGGUCUAGACUGGGAUGGACGGUCUACGGGCCAGAAAAAAGGCAAAAGGAAAAUGCGGCCACUUUCCUCAAUUUACAUGUCACAGAAUCGGUUAGCAAUCAGGAACUGCACGAUAUGAUGCGAGCGCAAUAUGUCCUUGAUGAGGCGGGAGUUGCAACCUUCGCUGUUCCAGAAUCACUGGAAGACCAAAGAGCAAAAGCGAUACAACUAAAAACUACAAAACAAGUGGGAGAUCGUUUCGUAACGGGGUUACUUUGGCGAAAGGACGAACGACGGUUUCCAGACAGCUAUCCAAUGGCUGUGCGAAGGGCAAAGGCUCUUGAAAGAAGGUUGGAGCAAGAUGAGGUGUUAAAAAACAACGUAUGCAAGCAGAUAGACGAUUAUCAGGCGAAAGGGUAUGCCCACAAAGCCACAAAGGAAGAACUGUCCGGAACGCCAUCGUCAGCAGUUUGGUAUUUGCCACUAAAUGUGGUAGUUAAUCCGCGAAAACCGGGAAAGGUACGCCUAGUUUGGGAUGCUGCAGCGUGCGUACGGGGAGUGUCAUUGAAUACACAGCUCCUCAAAGGGCCAGACAUGCUUGUAUCCCUCCCGAAAGUAAUUUGCCGCUUUAGAGAGAAGCCGGUUGCGUUCGGAGGAGACAUCGAGGAGAUGUAUCACCAGGUUCGCGUUAGAAAUGAAGAUAAAUCUGCACAACGUUUUCUUUUUCGUUCGACAAGCGAUGACGAGCUGCAAGUGUACGUGAUGGACGUACUCACGUUCGGCGCAACGUGCUCCCCGAGCUCAGCGCAAUACGUCAAAAAUGUGAACGCAAGGCGGUUCGCAGAACAAUUUCCGGAAGCAGCAGCAGCUAUUGUCGAUCGACAUUAUGUUGAUGACUAUUAUGAUAGUGCGGACACCGUAGCUGAAGCGAUCGCUCGGGCUAAGGCGGUGAAAUUUAUUCAUUCUAAGGGAGGAUUCAACAUUAGAAACUGGGUGUCGAAUUCUAACACCAUUUUGGAGGAAAUGGGAGACCGAAGUGAGAAUGCAGCAGUGCAUUUCAACAAAAAUAAAAACACAGAGUUUGAGCGUGUUUUGGGAAUAGUUUGGGAACCUCUUCGGGAUCAAUUUUCAUUUUCCACCUCGUCGAGAGCAGAGUUUCGCAAGAUCCUUCAAGAUGAAUUAUGCCCAACAAAAAGAAUGGUUCUUAGCUUUGUCAUGUCGUUGUUUGAUCCACUGGGUCUCUUGUCACCGUUUACAGUUCUUGGGCGGAUGUUACUCCAAGAUAUAUGGCGGAUGGGCUGUGAUUGGGAUGAGAAGAUAGAUAGGGAAUCUUUCAGAAAAUGGAUUAAAUGGGCAAAGCUGCUGCCAGAAAUUGAGACGUUCCGUAUCUCCCGAAGUUACUUUGGAAACGCGCGGUCUGAUGAGGUACAUGAUAUCCAGCUCCACGUGUUCACGGAUGCUAGCGAAACGGCUUAUGGAUGCGUGGCGUUUUUACGUGCGGUAGUUCGAGGCGAAAUUAUGUGCACACUAAUAAUGAGUAGAGCUAAAGUUGCACCUUUGAAGCUGGUAUCUAUUCCUCGAUUGGAACUCCAGGCAGCAGUUCUGGGAGCACGUUUAACACGCACAGUACGCGAAAAUCACAGUCUCACAAUCGGCAAGCAAUGUAUUUGGACAGAUGCGCAAACAGUUUUGUCCUGGAUUCGAUCCGAUCAGCGGAACUAUAAGCAAUAUGUCGGAUUUCGGAUUGGAGAAAUACUCAGCUUAACCAAGCUGACCGAUUGGUAUUGGGUACCGACAAAGCUUAAUAUAGCGGAUCAAUUGACAAAGUGGGGAAAUGAGUUGGAUUUAAGCUCAAACAGCUCGUGGGUUCGAGGGCCCGCAUUUUUGUAUCAAUCGGAAGAAAAGUGGCCACGAAAAUGCAUGCCACCAACGAAUACUACGGAGGAACUACGCGUUCAUCUUUUGUUACAUGACAUAUGUUUGCCAGGCCAGAUCAUAGAUCCUUUACGAGUCUCGAAAUGGACCGUGCUGGUGAGAACCGUUGCUUCAGUGAUUAGAUUUGCGUCUAAUUGUAGACGAAAGGUGAGAAAGCAGCCGAUCGAAACUUUAAGAGCCACAGAUCGUCAGAAGAAAAUAUUGGAACGGAUGGCAAGCGUUUUGAGUGUACGUGUUCCUUUCCAGCAAGAAGAGUACAAGAGAGCUGAAUCGCAUUUGCUUAGAAUGGCACAGGCGGACUCAUACGGACCUGAAUUAAAGGUGCUAAUGCAUAACAAAGACCGCCCAGUCACCGAGUGGCUUUUCCUGGAAAAAUCGAGCUGUCUAUAUAAGUUAUCGCCGUUUUUGGAUGAAACCAAUGUGGUCCGAAUGGAGGGACGAACAGAACGAGCGGAAUAUCUACCAUUUGAUUUGCGGUUCCCAAUCAUUUUGCCGGCUGAAAAUGCAGUAACGAAAUUGCUGGCCCAUCAUUAUCACUCAAAAUUUGGCCAUGGAUACCGUGAAACGGUAAAAAAUGAGUUGAAGCAAAAAUAUUUAAUACCGAAGGUUGAUGCAUUGGUCCGAAGAGUGUCUUCGUCAUGCAUGUGCUGUAAAGUUCAGCGAAACAAACCACAAUGUCCCAGAAUGGCACCGCUACCGGUGCAGAGACUUACGCCGUAUCUUCGGCCGUUUAGCCACGUCGGCGUCGACUAUCUGGGUCCAUUCGAGGUGACAGUAAAUCGCCACGUGGAAAAAAGAUGGAUCGCGUUGUUCACUUGCCUAGUGAUGCGGGCUGUACACGUGGAAGUCACGUAUGGGCUGACGACCCAGUCUUGCUUGAUGGCGAUUAGGCGAUUUAUGGGUAGAUGA